AUGCUUUCCCCUUUUUUCUCUCUUUCCUCUAUUUCCUCUCUUUCUACAUGUUCCUUUCUUUUUUUCACUUCUCACUUUUUUCUCGCAUUUCUCUCUCUUCAUUCUUUCCAGGGUUUUCUCUCUCAAUGCCUCUCUUUUCACUCUUUCCACGCUUAUCUCUCUUUCAUCAUUUUCCACUUUUUUCCCUCUUUUCACACAUCGUACCUCUCUUUUCACUCUUUCCACGCUAACCUCUCUUUUAACAUUUUCUACUUUUUCCCUUUUCUAACAUCGUGCCUCACUUUUCACUCUUUCCAUGCUUACCUCUCUUUCAACAUUUUCCACUAUUUUCUCUCUUUUCUCACAGAGUGCCUCUCUUUUAAUUCUUUCCGCGCUUGCCUCUCUUUCAACAUUUUUCACUCUGUUUUCUCUUUUCCCGCUUCCACACUUUUCUCUCUUUUUACCUUUUUCCACUCUUUACUAUUUUCACUCUUUCGAAGCUUUUCUCUCUUUCAACACUUUUCUCUCUUUUUACUCUUACCAAUUUUUUUUCUCUAUUCACCCUUUCCACAUUUUGUCUCUUUUUUCACACUUCGCCCUUUUCACUUUUUACACGCUCCCUUUUCAUUCUUUACGCACUUUUUUCCCUUUUCACUCUGUCCGCUCUUUUCACUCAUUUCGCCCUUUUCUCCCUUUUCACUCUGUCCGCUCUUUUCACUCUUUCCACCAUUUUCACCCUUUCACUCUGUCCGCUCUUUUCAUUCUUUUCGCCCUAUUCUCCCUUUCCACUCUGUCCGCUCUUUUCAUUCUUUUCGCCCUAUUCUCCCUCUUCACUCUGUCCGCCCUUUUCACUCUUUUUGCCCUAUUCUCCCUUCUCACUCUUCCAUGCUUUUCUCACUUUUCACACUUUCCGCCCUUUUCUUCCUUUUCACUCUUUUCGACCUUUUCACCCUUUUUGCCCUUUUCUCCCAUUUCAUUUUUACCGCCCUUUUCUUCCUUUUCACACUUUCCGCCAUUUUUAAACUUUUUGCCCUUUUCCACCUUUUCAUUCUUUACGCACUUUUUUCCCUUUUCACUAUUUCCGCCCUUUUCUCCCUUUUCACUCUGUCCGAUUUUUUCACUCUUUCGCCCUGUCCUCCCUUUUCACUCUAUGCACGAUUUUCACAUUUUUCGCCAUAUUCUCGCUUUUCAAUCUGUCGGCUCUUUUCAUUUUUUUUCGCCCUAUUCUCCCUUUUCACUCUGUCCACUGUUUUCACUCUUUUCGCCCUUUUCUCCCUUUUCACUCUAUGCACGAUUUUCACACUUUUCGCCCUAUUCUCGCUUUUCAAUCUGUCCGCCCUUUUCACUCUUUUCGCCUUUUUCUCCCUUUUCACUCUGUCCGCUCUUUUCUCUAUUUCCGUCCUUUUCUCCUAUUUCACUCUGACCGCUCUUUCCACUCUUUCCGCCCAUUCCUCCCUUUUCACCUUGUCCGCCCUUUUCACUCUUUUUGCCCUAUUCUCCCUUCUCACACUUUCACGCUUUUCUCACUUUUCACACUUUCCGCCCUUUUCUUCCGUUUCACUCUUUCCGCCCUUUUCUCCCAUUUCAUUUUUACCGCCCUUUUCAAACUUUUUGCCCUUUUCUCCCUUUUCACUCUGUCCGCUCUUUUAUUUCUUUUCGCCCUAUUCUCCCUUUUCACUCUGUCCACUGUUUUCACCCUUUUCUCCCUUUUCACUCUGUCCGCUCUUUUCACUCUUUCCAUCAUUUUCACCCUUUUCACUCUGUCCGCUCUUUUCACUUUUUUCGCCCUAUUCUCCUUUCACUCUAUGCGCGAUUUUCACACUUUUCGCCCUAUUCUCGCUUUUCACUCUGUCCGCUGUUUUCACUCUUUUCGCCUUUUUCUCCCUUUCCACUCUGUCCGCUCUUUUCACUACUUCUGCCCUUUUCUCCCUUUUCACUCUGACCGCUCUUUCUACUCAUUUUGCCCUAUUCUCCCUCCUCACUCUUCCACUUUUCUCACUUUUCACACUUUUCGCCCUUUUCUUCCUUUUCACACUUUUCGCCCUUUUCUUCCUUUUCACACUUUCCGCCCUUUUCAUUCUUUACGCACUUUUCCCAAUUCACUCUUUCCGCCACUUUCACACUUUUCGCCCUAUUCUCGCUUUUCACUCUGUCCGCUCUUUUCACUCUUUUCGCCCUUUUCUCCCUUUUUACUCUGUCCGCUCUUUUCACACAUUCCGCCCCUUUCUUCCUUUUUACUCUUUCCACAAUUUUCACUCUUUCAGCCCUUUUCUUCUUUUUCACACUUUCCCCAAUUUUCACUCUUUUUGCCCUUUUCUCCCUUUUCGUUCUUUCCGCACUUUUCUCCCUUUUCACUCUUUCCGCCCUUUUCUUCCUUUUCAUUCUUUACGCCCUUUUCACUCUUUUUGCCCUUUUCUCCGUUUUCACACUUUUCGCCUUUUUCACUCUUUUUGCCCUUUUCUCUCUUUUCACUCUGCCCUCUCUUUUCACUCUUUUCGCCCUAUUCUCCCUUUUCACUCUGUCAACUCUUUUCACUCUUUCCACCAUUUUCUCCCUUUUCACUCUGUCCGCUCUUUUUCCUACUUCCGCCCUAUUCUCCCUUUUCACUCUGUCCGCUUUUUUCACUCUUUUCCCUAUAUCACCCUUUUCACUCUGUCCGCGCUUUUCACUCUUUCCGCCAUUUUCUCUCUUUUCACUCUGUCCGCACUUUUCGCUUUUUCCGCCAUAUUCUCCCUAUUCACUCUGUCCGCUCUUUUCAUUCUUUUCACCCUAUUCUCCCUUUUCACUCUUCACGCAUUUUUCACUCUUUUUGCCCUUUUCUCCCUUUUCACUCUUUCCACCCUUUUCUCCAUUUUACACUUUCCGCUCUUUUCACUCUUUUUGCCCUUUUCUCCCUUUUCACUCUUUCCUCCCUUUUCACUCUUUUCGCCCUAUUCUCCCUCUUCACUCUGCCCGUCCUUUUCACUCUAUUUCAUUCUUUUUGCCCUUUCUCCCUUUUUGCACUUUCUGUCCUUUUCUACCUUUACACUCUUCCGCCCUUGUCACUCUUUCCGCCCUUUUCACCUUUUUUUGCCCUUUUCUCCCUUUUCACUCUUUCCGCCCCUUUCUCCUUUUUUUUUUUUUUUUUUUUUCUCCCUUUUCAGUCUUUCCGCUCUUUUGACUCUUGUUGCCCUAUUCUCUCUUUUCACUCUUUCCGCCCUUUUUUCAAUUUUCACACAUUCUGCACUUUUCACUCUUUUUGACAUUUUCUCCUUUUUCACACUUUUUGCCCUUUUCUACCUUUUUUUUUUCACUCUUUUCCGACCAUUUCUUUUUUUUUUGCCUUUUCUUUUUUUUCACUUUUUCCGCUCUUUUUUUCACUUUUUUUUUGCCCUAUUCUCCUUUUUUUCACUCUUUUUCUGCUCUUUUUUCACUUUUUCCGCACUUUUCUCCCUUUUCACUCUUGCCGCUCUUUUUUUGACUUUUUUGCCCUAUUCUCUCUUUUCACUUUUCCGCCCUUUUUCUCACUUUUCCUCUGUCCGCUCUUUUCACUUUUUCCGCCAUUUUCUCCUUUUUUCACUCUGUCCACUGUUUUCACUGCUUUCGCAUUUUUCUCCCUUUUCACUCUGUCCGCACUUUUCACUCUUUCCCGCCAUUUUCUCCCUUUUCACUCUGUCCGCUCUUUUCAUUCUUUUCACCCUAUUCUCCCUUUCCACUUUGUCCGAUCUUUUUUCAUUCUUUUCGCCCUAUUCUCCUCUUCACUCUGUCCGUCCUUUUCACUCUAUUUUGCCCUAUUCUCCUUCUCACUCUUCCAUGCUUUUUUCUCACUUUUCACACUUUCCGCCCUUUUCUUCCUUUUCACUUUUUUCGACCUUUUUCACCUUUUUUUGCCCUUUUCUCCCUUUUUAUUUUUACCGCCCUUUUCUUCCUUUUCACACUUUCCGCCCUUUUCAAACUUUUCACUCAUUCCGCCCUUUUCAAACUUUUUGCCCUUUUCCCCCUUUUCAUUCUUUACGCGCUGUUUUCCCUUUUCACUCUUUUCGCCUUUUUCUCCCUUUUCACUCUGUCCGAUUUUUUCACUCUUUCGCCCUGUCCUCCCUUUUCACUCUAUGCACGAUUUUCACACUUUUCGCCCAAUUCUCGCUUUUCAAUCUCUCCGCUCUUUUCACUUUUUUCGCCCUAUUCUCCCUUUUCACUCUGUCCACUGUUUUCACUCUUUUCGCCCUUUUCUCCCUUUUCACUCUAUGCACGAUUUUCACACUUUUCGCCCUAUUCUCGCUUUUCAGUCUGUCCGCUCUUUUCACUCUUUUCGCCUUUUUCUCCCUUUUCACUCUGUCCGCUCUUUUCUCUAUUUCCGUCCUUUUCUCCCUUUUCACUCUGACCGCUCUUUCCACUCUUUCCGCCCAUUCCUCCCUUUUCACCUUGUCCGCCCUUUUCACUCUUUUUGCCCUAUUCUCCCUUCUCACACUUUCACGCUUUUCUCACUUUUCACACUUUCUGCCCUUUUCUUCCGUUUCACUCUUUCCGCCCAUUUCUUCCUUUUCACCCAUUCCGCCCUUUUAA